AUGCCUCCCAAGUCAACAACCAUGAAAAAGGUCAACAAGAGGAACCGGAAGUUGCUUUCACCAGCGGAAAGCCUGAGUCAAGAUGAUGAUGAUACGACAUUUGAUGCCAUACUGGUUACCCGAUCGGAACUCGGAGUCGGCGAAGAAAUGAAGAAGGAUGCCAAAGAUGCGCUCGAACAGGAACUUCACGUUGAGGACGUGAGGGGAGAACUUUUCGUCGGCAAUCUACGCGGUCUUAGCUUCGCCAAUUACAAGGUGGAUCAAGCAGAUCUUCGGGCUCGCGUUGAUGCACAGGACAAGAAGAUCGCCUCACUUGAAGUCAAGAAUGCCUCGCUCGAAGACCGUGUGAGCAGUCUGACGUCUUCGCUCGAUGCUUACAAGCUCUUACGAAAUCGUUUCAUCAGCACGUUCAAAAGAGAUAAGCUGGCCAACGCAACCGAGGUAGACAGGAGGAUCAUCGCAGAGGGCAACGGGUGGGCUCACGGAGGCGAUGCUAUUGUUGAUGCCGAGUUGUAUCAAGGCAUGGGCGGAAGAAGAGACCCUAUAGCUUUCAAGAAGCUUUACGGGAUGUCCCCUGGGGAUGUACGGAUGAUCACCAACCAUUGA